GGAAUAUCAAAGGACAAGAGUCUACACAGUUUCAUACUUUACCUGUCCUGAUCUGAGGCUUGUUCACUUCAAGUCAAUCAUCCAACAAGCGGAUAUAACAUGAAUAUGCUAUGGCUGCCAUUUUUGGUUUUGGUUAUACGGGCAGAGGAGCAGUAUUUUCUUCUAUACAGUGGCACCAAUGACACCUUUGGCACCAAUGGCACCAUUGGCACCAAUGGAACCAAUGGCACCAUUGGCACCACGUGGGAUGAUGCAAGGCUCUACUGUCAGGUCUGUUAUAAAGAACUGGCCACCGUCACUAGUAGAAAUGUCCACCUUAUCACACAGAACCUCAUUUCAGACUACUGGAUUGGACUUCGCAUGAGUUUCAAUGGCUCUAUACCAUGGUCCAGAUGGUCCAAUGGGGAUCCGGUUACAUAUCAGAACUGGUACCCUGGUCGUCCUGUGCCGAAGAAAGUCAUUCCUAAAUGUUCCUCAACUACACAAACUCCUCUGUCUACACUAAUGACUUCUCCAGAGACAACUCCAGUGACUACCCCAAUGACUUCUCCAGAGACAACUCCAGUGACUUCACCAAUGACCUCUACAAUGACUUCUGGAACCCCUUUAGUGGCUACUACAAGUAACAAUACAGAGGACUACUGUCCUCUACUGACAAAAAUCCUUUUGUGCUUAAAUUUGUCAUCAGAUGAAUUGGAUGCUCAAUACUAUAUACAUGAUCCUCCUCAGAGUACACCCAUUCAUCCACAGACUGUCACCUCUAGUGCCACUACUAGUUCCACCGCUAGUGCCACACCAAGUUCCACACAUAGUGUGACCACUUCUGGCACCCCUGAUAACACAUCAUUUAGCACCACAUCGUUUAGCACCACAGGCAGCCCUUGCAGCACAGAACCCGAUCAAGUUCCUGAUGAGUAUAUCGAGGAUGCUUGUGUGGCCCUUCUCAGCUUUGGCAUGUGGAAGGAAAAACAGUGCUACGAACUUCUCCCUUUCAUCUGUUAUGAUGAGCGUUUCUUUGGGGAUAUAAACGUUACCAAUGAGACCUCACAUGAAGGCUAUCUUUACUGGAGCGAGGGACCCGGUGAGAACAUCAGUCUCUACAGAGUGGAAGUCACAGGGGACCACAACCAGACAUUUAAUGAGACUGGCCUGUCCAAACAAAUAGUGAAUCUCACAGCUGGAACUCGAUACAAUGUUCAAGUGUUCCCAGUGAAGUGCGGCAGGGAUCUAAACCCUCAGAAUGUUUCCUUUUACACCAAGCCUUCUGGUGUUAAUAACCUGACAGUAGAGAGGGUGACAAAUGAUAGCGUCAAACUGAACUGGACAAAACCAGAAGGAAACUAUGACUUCUACUCAAUACAAGUGUCAAGCAUAUUUGGAACCCAAAAGUUUGAAACUGAUGUCAUUACGGGUCUUAUACCAGGCAAUAAGUACAAUUUCAAAGUUAUUGCCAUAGUGAAUAAAACUACUGAAGGUACACCAAGCAACGUUUCUACUUACACCAAGCCUUCACGUGUCUCAAACCUAAAAUCAGGAAACAAUGACAGUGAAGUUAUUACAGCCUCUUGGAUACUACCUGUCGGUAAUGCUUCGGGUUAUUAUUAUUGUAUUGAUGUCACAAAUUCUACUAAUAAUUUAACUAACAGUGAAUGCAACAUUACAACAAACAUGUUCAUAAAAGUGACAGGUAAAACACCUGGCACCAAACAUUGUCUCAGUGUGGUGGCACUAACAGACGAUAAAAAUAUAUCAGGAGAAAUGGUUCAAAUCGAUGCAUACACAAUUCCUAAUUCUGUGACACUUGAUUUGAAAUCAUCAAACCGAACCAUUGAAGCCAAGUGGAAUUUAACAGACAAUUAUGAUACAUUUAAUGUGACGAUUGAACCACCUGAUGCUGAGCCUGUAAACAUUAUGUAUUUGAAUUACACUUUCACUGGGCUAAAGGCAGGAGUGAAGUACACCAUCACAGUUGUCACUCUUGUACGGAAUGGACCGAAAAGUUCUGCUACAACUAAAUCAAUUUAUACUCUCCCUACUAGCCCCAGGCUGGCAAAGGCCUUCCCUUUAGGCAGUAAUGCUAUAAAUCUAACGUGGGAAGCUCCAGAGGAGUCAGAGGGAGCCUCUAACAUUACGUAUGAGGUGACAUAUUCAUCUGCCUUUUGGGGAAACAUCAAAACAAUGAAUGUAACGAGCAAAUACAUCCAUAUUGAAAAUUUGACAUCAGGAACAAGGUAUGACUUCAAUGUCUGCGUUGUGGCUGAUCAUUUGAAGAGUGACCCUGCCAAAACUUAUGCGGUAACAGUGCCUAUAAAUAAGACACUGACAUUCACAAUGUUGUGUACCACUGAAACUCCACUUUAUUGUGGUACCAAAGAAGCUAGGAAUGACACGAUAAACAAACUGAAAAAUUAUAUUACCAACCAAUUUAAUCCAAUAUAUAUACACUGGAACUUAAAUGAAAAUACAGGAAAGGAUGAUGGCACAAUGCCUACAGCAAAACUUGGUUUGUAAAAACAAGCUGACAGAUGUAAAAACCUUCAUAAAUCUCCCUUGUUGUUUUUACUUGUAUGUCUUAACAAGCUAUCAAAUAUUUAACUCUAAUCUUACUUUUGAAUUUAUUUGGUCCAUUCAUUCUCAUGCAUAACAAAGUCAUUUUUUACUAUCAUAAAAAAAGGCUUUAUGCGUUGUCUGAGAGAAUGCAGAAUUUGUCUUUGUCCCUCACUUCUUUUCAGCUGUGUUACACAGAGACAUUUUCCACCCUUUAAAAAUAAUGGUUUAAGCUUUUUAGAUGUUCCUUUUGAGAGAGUCAAUUUCAGAGAGUCUUUUUGACCACAGUUCAAACAUACAGUAAGUUCAAAAUACACUCUGUUUAGGAGAACUACUUUUUUGGCACAAAUACAAACAUGUUUACUUUAAUACUGUGGUGUGGUGUCAUGAUCUUUGCUGGUUUAGGGAGUAAACAUUUUUGCACUGAUUUUGAACCCUGUAACAACCCUGACACAUUUUAAAGUGUAGCAGGGUUUAAGGAUUUGUGCAUAAUGUAUUGAAAAAAGCACACCAAAGAGAGUGAUACUAUCAGACUGUUUUUUUUUUUUUUUUGUAUACAUUUGAUAUUAUAUUGUUUAUCUAUUCAAAUUAUAUGAAUAGCAAACACUGAUUUAGUUACUGUUGGUUUUUUUUGCAGUGCUGUAAGGCUGUUUUCCCAUUCUGAAAUGAAAUGUAGCAUAUAAAUGGCAUAGUAAGCUUAUGUUUGCAUUAAGGACCAAAUAGCCUUGCUGUAGGCUAUUCUUAUUUUUUUAUCACAUUUGUCGUGUCCUCUUUUAAGGUAGUUUUUGUCUUGAUGAUUACAUUAGGUAAAAAUGCUGCAGUAAAAUAAUGUUAAUUAGUUAACAGGUAUGGUAAAUAUAUACAUAUACAUUAUGUUUCUUAUUAUUUCUUAUAUCAGUUAUGCACAUUGAGGUGUCCCAUUGUGCAUUUUUUGUAGUUUAGAUUUUUGUAGUUACAGGAGGUUGGUAUAUUAAGUUUAUAUCAUGUAAUGGGAAGAAAAGACAUCCUGUAAUCCCUGAAACACAGCAACUGUAUUUUCACAGCUUCUAUUAUACCAUAAAUUUAACAGUUUUUUUUUUACAGUGCAUACCAGUGUUUCAGUUUUCCUUUGUCAUUUAUUGUGUAUAUGUAUUAGUGAAAUUAGUAAUGUUCUCUUAUGGUUUUCUAAUUGAAAUGGCAUUGUUUAGCCUAUAUUGCUUGUUUAUGGAGAUUGUUUAUUGUUAGUUUUCAAACAUGUUUUGCUUCGAUUACUGCUUCAUGUGAAUUUUAUGCUUGAUUUAAAAAUGUUAUUUGAAUUAAUGGGAAAAUCUGUAUCAAUCACUACUGAAUUCUUGAAAUAAAUCUUUA